AUGAAGGUCACUAUCGCGCUGCUCACCGCAGCCGUGUCUGUGGCGACGGCAGUGCCGCACGUUGGACACAACCACCAGCACCUCCACAAGCGUGACGUGACGACUGAUGUCGAGAUCGUCCCUGGACCUACCGUUGUCGCCUACAUCCUGGAUGGCGAAUCAAUCUCCGCCGACGAAGUGCAGCAGGGCAUCGCAAACGGCACUCUUGUGUGGGCAAACGGUGGUCUGGCCGAGAAGCCUUCCGCGCCCAAGACGACAACCUCUGCGUCGCCACCACCUGCGACCUCCUCAGUGGCCCCGGCUUCGUACGAAAUGCCCUCAUCCAUCCCAGAGGCGAUGCAAAUGCCACACGGCCCAUCACACGGUCCACCCCAUGGUAAGCCUCAUGGCCCGCCAAGCGAUUACCCAUCCGGCCCACCUUCUGGCAGCCCCUGGAGCAGCAGCGGCGAGGGUGUCGACACGCCCUUCCCGAGCGGCGAGAUGAGCUGUGACGAGUUCCCCUCUCAGUACGGUGCAGUGCCAGUCAACUGGAUGAACCUUGGCGGCUGGAUCGGUAUUCAGACUCCUGGCUCGUCGUCUGGUGGCUAUGGCGACAUCCACACUGCAACCGACGGAGGCUGCAACGAAGGUUCCUUCUGCUCCUACGCCUGCCCACCUGGCUACCAGAAGUCGCAAUGGCCCGAGACUCAGGGUUCUACCGGACAGUCAAUCGGCGGUCUGCAGUGCAAGGGUGGCAAGCUCCAGCUAACCAAUUCCAAACUCUCCAACACCCUCUGCAUGAAGGGCGCCAGCCAAGUCGACAUCCAAGUGAAGAACACACUCGGAGAGCAAGUCGCUGUCUGCCGUACUGACUACCCCGGCACUGAGGCCGAGACUGUGCCACUCGACGCCCAGCCCGGCUCGACCAGCCCUCUGACCUGCCCUGACGCCGACAGCUACUACAUGUGGCAGGGAUCUCACACCUCUGCGCAGUACUACGUCAACCCAGCGGGUGUGUCUGUCGAGAACGGAUGCCAAUGGGGCAGCGCAGGCAACCCAUGGGGCAACUACGCACCGCUCAACCUUGGUGUCGGCUACAGCAACGGCGCCGCAUGGUUGUCCAUCUUCCAGAACUCGCCAACCACGGAUGUCAAGCUCGACUUCAGCGUUGAGAUCAUCGGCGACGGCGUCAGCGGAACCUGCAAGUACCACAACGGCCAAUACUGCGGUGGCGCCAACUACGACGACUGCAGCAGCGACACGGGAUGCACCGUAUCUAUCAGCUCGGGCACAGCAACCUUCGUCUUCUCAUAG